GUUUCGAUAGACUGAACGUGGCCCUUCAUUGCUGUUGCAUUACCUUCCAUAGAGGUCCAUCUGAACCAGUUAUUGUGAUUUUCGCAGAUUAAAUAAUUUGCAUGAAAACGACAAUGGCUGCGUAUACGUCGCUUAAAAUACACAAAGGAUUUGGCUUGAUAAUAGUGUUUGCCCUGAUAUCCGUGUUCAUGAACAAUUUACAAGACAGGAGGAUCUCGAUGUUCAAAAGGGAAAGAAGCAAUCGUUCACACCUGCUGAUGUCAGGCAUAGGUUACGUGAAGACACAGCCAAAUGACCACAAUGUAAAUAUGUUCGUUGAUGCCACAAACAAAGAUCAAGCCAGAGUCACGUCACUCAUGUACCAUGGUGAACACAAGACAGGUGUUAGAUCCACAAAUACAAAUGAAGACGGUUCCAACACAGAAGACGAAAAAUAUGAAAAAUGGAGACAGUUUAAACAAGUAACGGCCGAUGGUGGGUUACAAAUACAUUCUGCUAUCUACAUGUACAGUGCUGAAGAAGGUCCAAUGAUCGGCGUCCUCGUGGCUGCAAUGGAUGGUUACCUGACAAGUACAUACACAUGUGUUGUUACUUUCAUGACAGGGGAGAUUGUCCACACGGGUGGAGUGUUCUCGCCAAUGAAGAUGCUACUUAACAUAGUGGGGCACCAGACGGGUUUUGUGAAGUGUCCUCUGUCGAUACAGCAUCCCGAAUUGAAAUCUGUGUCCCUCAGAGUAGAUGACAUGCCCACUCUCCCUCACAAUCUGGAGGUCAGGUACCCGACACACAGUCAAUAGUUUCUCACUGUGAUGAAGUCGUUCUACCUUUUUAGGGUUACAAUCAUUCCCGCUUUUGUAUGACAUAUAUUGCUAAAGAAUCUAUUAAACUAUUUCAUAAGUGCCUCCUCUCCGUCUGUCUGCAACAUUGGAUAUAUAAUGUGAUACCAACCUUUACACCUUAAUUUAGUGACUUGGAUUUAACAUGGAUUAAACCGCUCAGGUUUAAGAGCCUACACCAUCACCAUCAUGGCGCUGACCUUUGGACAAUGUAGGAUUCGAACCAAAUACCCGUGGUGCUUUGUAGCGAAGGAGCUCUGCAUCACGCCUAAUGGUGUGUUUUCUGUUGGGUAAAUAAUUAGUCUCGCCACUUUUGUCUUGAGUUCAAUCAUCCACAGAAGAGCAGGGAUAACAAAACAAGUGGAGAACAUGUAGCAUAGUACAGGUGCUUGAAUAUCUACCGACCAUUUGAUAUCUCGAUGGCUGGUUGAGGUGUGGGUGGUGUUUUUUUGUUUUUUGUGCUUACUUCUGGAAUAUUUGUGAAAUAACUAUUUUUCCUAUGUAUGCUGACAAAACAUUUUUCCCAAAUAAAACUGUUGAUAUAAAUGGUGGAUGUCCUGAAGGUAUGAUGUGAGCAAAUUCAUUUCAGAUAUUAAAAUCGUGGCAGUAACAACAAACUAUCCUGUUUCUAACAACCACUCCCACCUAGUAGCGGUCGGUCCCUUAGCGGCAUGUCACUGGAAACAAUCAAACUGAUGUAGGACACAUAUCCGACUGAUUUCUAUCUUUACAAUCGGUAUA